GUCGUUCCCUCGGACAGAUAGCUAUGUCCUAUGCCAAGUCCCCGUGCCAAGUAGAUGCACUUUUAUGUGUCUGUCUCUACUCAAUUAAGUGAACUCGGUCUCGGUGUUUCACGAUGAACGCAGAGAGGCCACAUUUCUUGUCGCAGCCCGUUGUAAAGAACAUUUUUGUCUAUCGAAACGGAGAUCCGUAUUACGAAGCACGGCGUUUGGUGAUAAACGAGAAGAGGGUGUCCAACUUUGAGACGUUUCUGCGAGAGGUGACAGGUGGGGUGAAACCUACGUUCGGAGCAGUGAGGAACAUUUAUACCCCUAAAGACGGGCAUCGGGUGGCUUCGCUGGAACAUCUCCAGAGCGGUGAGCAGUAUGUGGCGGCUGGCAGAGAGAAGUUUAAGAGACUGGAUUACUUGCAGAUUGCAGCCAGGAAGAAACGAAUGCAGCAGAUCAAUGGUCUGGUCAAGCCAGUGCCUCAGAGUCGCAUCAUUGUGUCUGCACGCUUUCUCAAGCCCAUCAAAGAGCCAUGUACCAUUUUUGUGAUAGCGAAUGGAGACCUGCUGAACCCCGCUGUGAGGCUCCUGAUACCGCACAGGAUUGUGGGUCAGUAUGAGCGAAUCCUGGAGAUGAUUACUGAGAAGAUAGGCAUGAGGAUCCUAGGGGGAGUCCGCAGCCUGUACACACUGAACGGGACCCAGAUCACCGAUGGAAAGGAGCUCGAGACUGGGCAGCUGUGCAUUGCUGUCGGCCGGGAGAAGUUCAAGAAGCUUCCGUACGAUGACCUCCUUUUCAGUAAACCCACAGGGAUCAAGAGGGUCUUUGGAUCCAAGACAGCAACCCUGCCGCCUAUAUCGAGAUCCAGAAAACAGAAUGGGAGUGUGAGCAUGUCCGUGAUGACCAGCAGUGAGCCAUCUGAAGGCGAGCCGUCCGUAGCGCCCCAGAGCACCCGUGAGCACCUGUCGUCCAUCGUCAAGCAGGUGUCCCAGAGCCACCUCAUCUCCCUCCGCAACAAGAAGAGCGGACUCAGCAUGAGCCUCAGCGCCCAGGACAAUGAUGAGGGAGCCCCGGCUGCGGAGGGUGUAGAAGCUGAGAACACAGAGGAGAAGCCAGCAGAACAGGACGAGCCCAAACCACAACAGACUCAAGCAGAGGAGCCGCCAGAGCAAGGAACUGGCAGUGACCAGCCGGACGCCACCACAGCGGCAGCAGCAGACACCCGGAACACAGAGAAGAGGAAACCAGCGGAGGAGUCUGUAGCGGACAGCAGCACAACAGACACCGCUGACACAGAGGCAGAGGUCAAGGAGGAAGAUGGGAGGGAGGAGACAGGAGAGGGUCAGUCAAAGGCCGGGAGCACAGGGAGGACCGAUAAAGCUACAGAGAAUGGAGAGAAGGAG